AGUUGGUUCCAGUCUCUAUGCGAAUGCCCGAAAUAAAUCUAGACUAACUGCUGGGUUUUGCAUUGGCAGCGCCUCCAGCUAUCACCCCCGUUUUCUCGACACAAAAGGCGGCAUGGUUGCUCUGCGGUUACACAAAACCUAGCACUGAUUCCUACAAACCAGUCCGUCUCCAGCCCACGACGAAGGUGUGCACAAGAUGGCCACUGCAGCAAGCUCCGUUGCGCCAGUAGUGACGCUCUAUCAUGCCGACCAGGCAGCACAUUUUCCCUCCAACUCUACAUUUCCUAUUACCGAAAUCCAUAAGGACGACCUGGAAUCCCAAUUGAACGAGAACAAACGUUCGGUGUCGGUGAACAUUGGCAUCAACCCCGCACAGAGCCAAGAAGUCACCCCUACAGGACCAAUUCCGCCGCCAGAGAUCACCGAUACUAUUGAAAUCGAUGAAAAUGUCGUCAAGGCAUUCCCUGACAAGGGAGCCAAGGUCUUGGGUGCGGUGGGAUACGGAAAGUCGCUCUGGGGCAUAACGGCAAGGAUCGAAGUCGAGCUUCCAGAUGGACGAAAGCGGAAAUAUUUCAUGAAGGCCCUCAAACAGGGGGAGCUCAGCAGGGUGAUAUGCGAGGGAGAGCUAAGAAGUCUGCAAGAAAUCUACAAGACGUCUCCUGGGUUUUGCCCUGAGCCAUAUGGAUGGGGACGUUUCGCCAGCGACCCCGAAAUGUACUUUCUACUGGUCGAGUUCCGUGACAUUGGGGCAAGUCCGGCCGAGCCCUCUAAACUCGCAGCGAGCCUCGCCCGGCUCCACAGCAACUCGCAGUCUCCAACGGGCAAGUUCGGCUUCGGGAUGCGGACGUGCCACACGCUGAUUGACCAGGCCGUCGACUUUUGGUCCGAUUCAUGGGCGGCCGUGUACGGGAGUCACCUGCGUCACGUCGUCGAGCUGGCGAAACCGUUUGUCAAAUGGCCCGAGUUCGACAUUGUGGCCGACCUGACGGUCGACAAAGUCGUGCCCAGGCUCUUGCUUCCGCUACAAGCUGGAGUACGGACUCUGAAGCCGUGUCUGGUGCACGGCGACUGCUGGGACGGCAACACCGCCAUGGACGGCAAGACGGGCGAGGCCUUUAUUUUUGAUGUGUGCUCCUUCUACGCGCAUAACGAGUACGACACGGGCAACUGGCGCACCCCGAGGCAUCGCCUCAGCAACCCGGCCUAUAUCAAGGCUUACAAGAAGCUGAUUCGGCCCUCUGAGCCAGCUGAGGAAUGGGAGGCUAGAAAUAUUCUUUAUUCUCUACCUUUCAACCUUGGAAACGUCAUGUUUGUUCCUGGGUCCACCCAGCGACAAGUUGUCUACCAGGACAUGACAAACCUCUGCAAAAUGUUCUGUCCCCAAGAUUUAGAGCUGCGUAUGGCAAGUUUGGGGCUAGCAAAUGAAUCCAGCAACGACCGUGGCGGAGAAAACAAGGUGAAGGGGACGGGUCCAUGCGCUUGCGAAGAAGACGAGGAGGAGGAGGAGGAGGAAGAAGAAGAAGAAGAAGAGGAAAAAUAUGAAAGGAGGCUGUAAGGCAUCGCCACGGGGGCUUGAUGACAUUCUUAUCAGCCCGAGGUUGAAAGAGAGUAUAAUAGCAAGUGGGGCGCUCUUAUUUUGCUCAACUAGCCACCUCCCAGCGUUUGAGGAACACGUACGUUCAUGGGCACGUGGGACUAUGAUGGGUCAAGAGGAGAAACAGAAAUGCAUGCAUGCAUAAUGUGGUGGGUUUUGCUCACAUGACUGAGGAUAUAAUAUAUCUGAGGUCAACCAUCUCUGGUAGCAACAGCUGCCGGUUUGACAGGACUGUCAUCCUAGUCAUGUCAGUAUACGAUACGCUAUGAUCUGCAAUAAAGUGGUUCCAGACCUCGUACAGAUCACGACAUGCCGACCGAUCGAGAGCACAACCUGGAUGAUGAUGAUGACAAGGUUGGUGAUCAUAGCACCCAAAUACGUCAAAGAAGGCCCGAGGUAGCAUUGACCACAAGUAUUACCACGUAUCACCACGUAUGAUGCGGUUAUCUACACCUCGCCC